UUGCUAUUUUGGUUAUCCAGAUACUAUUUUUAAAAGUGAUGAACAUAUGGUGUGCGAGUGAAAUUCCUUUUGAGGAAUUAGAGGGUGGUGAUUCUAAAGAGCAUCUUAACAACAUGUGCAAUAAAGUAAACAGAUUUGAGUACAAGUUCCCCCUAGUAAAACUGGUUCCUUAUCUGGAAACAUAUAGACGAUACAGACCACUAUAUGUGGGUGGAGAUUCGGAAGAACAAAGUUCAUGGUUCCCCAUCGUGAGUCGAACGAAUUACAGGAAAAAGCGGAUGUGCUGCGAAGGCUAUGUUCUGUCCGGUGCAUCGUGCGUACCACGUUGCCCGCAAUCAUGCGAGAAGGGCACGUGCAAGGAGCCGGAUGUGUGCACCUGCAACGAAGGAUACCACAUGUCGAGUAACGGCACGUGUCUGCCCAAGUGUUCGAACGGCUGCGUCAACGGCACCUGCAUCGAACCUGAGCUUUGCAGUUGCCACAAUGGCUAUUGGUUGGACUCAGACGGAUUCACCUGCCUUUCCGUCUGCCAGCAACAAUGCGGAUAUCACGAGUACUGCUCCGAGCCGAACGUAUGCACGUGUCGUUCCGGUUACAUGAGAACCGGCAUCGACCCAUAUCCGUCUAUGUGCAAGCCCAUAUGCGACGAACCGUGCGUUUUGGGCAAGUGCACGGCGCCGAAUACAUGCACCUGCGACGACGGCCAUAGGGCGGUGAACGCGAGCGUCUGCGAACCGAUCUUGCCGAUUUGCGAACAUGACUGCAUAACGAGCGAAUUCAACAGUCAUUGCUUGCCGUACGUGCCGGAGAGAUGCAGCUGCAGCAUAGGUUUCGAACGCCGAAAGGUCGACUUCAAAGAUAUAUGCAGACCGAUAUGCGGGCUAGGAUUUGUUAAUGAUGAAACUACUCACAUAUGCAAGCCGCACUGCGAACCACGUUGCAGACCCACAACAGAAUGUACGUCGCCCAAUAAAUGCACUUGCUCUAAAGGGUACCAACACGUACCUGACCGAUUCGAAAUUUAUGGAGUGGGGAGGUAUUUUAAACGGGCAAGUAUAUCUGUGCAAUAAGACAUAAACAUUAUUGUCAGUACUCUCGAUAAAAUAUGUAAGAUCCACUCACCACGUAAAAGGAAGAUUUUUAUCUUCGUAGAAGAGCAACUUUUCCUCAAUAAAAUAAGAAUUCUUUAUAAACUUUUUGUUGCUAUUAUCAGUAGAAAGGUACGUUAAUCAUGUUGUGAUGAAGUAUCUGUUUAUCAAGUAAUGAUUGUUACCUAAAUAAUCCUUAAAAACAAUACUCGACAGGAUUAGGGUGGCUUUUAAAAAUUCUAACUUUAAAAUCACGCACGAAAAAGAAAUUUGUCAACCUCAUUUGAGACCUUGCGAAAGC